CAUGGAACCUUGAUGUUCUGAACCGAUAAAGAUUGCUCAAAUCAGCUCGGAGACAAGGGAGGGCAUGCCAAACUUUGCAGACUUUGUGGAGGAGCUUGGCUCGGAAGAAGAGGAAAGCGACAAGGCCAACAGGGUACCAGUCAGCAGUACUUGCACUCCAUCUGUUGCUUCAGCUCCUCGGGCCCGGGGACAGCCUUUGACCCAAGAGGUCAUAACCUUCUCCACCAACGCGAACCGAGGCAACCUGAGCCAAGAGGCCUUCAACCAGAAAUUGACACAUUUGCAGAUUCAGAACAAGCGAAUUGGACCAGACCUAGAAGGUUUGCGAUUGGUGCCUGCCGUCUACGUCCUGUAUGCAUAUGACAAUCUGAUCGUCAGCCUUUCUGGCAUUCAGAAUUUGAGGCGUUUGCAGCAGCUGUACUUGCAGAACAACAGAAUCACGUCUAUGGCAGGGCUAGAGGGCCUCAGUUUGCUGCAAAAGCUUCACCUGGGACACAACAGGUUGGCGCGGAUCGACUCCUUAGAAAGCUGCACUCAACUGGAGGAACUCAUGGUGCCGCAUCAGCAACCACCAGUCGAAGCUCCCCUACAGUUCUGUCCGACAUCGAUUGCAGCAAUUUCUUCAACGUUGAACGUCCUCAACACUGCUGGGAACCGUCUUGAGGACCUGCAAGAGCUGACACCUCUACGGCUAUCGACCUUGGACUUGUCUGAGAACAAGAUCCGUCAGGUCGGUGAGCUCAAAGAAGUGAUCUCAGGAGAUGUCCUGCGCCGCGUGACUCUGCAAGGGAAUCCCUUUGCCUUCCAUGAUCGACGCUAUCGUAGCGCUGUUGUCCUUUGCAGCACUGCCAUAGAGGAGAUUGAUGGUCGCGAAGUGCUGCCUCAGGAGCGAGACUUUGUCAGACGGCUGGACGAACAGAAGCGCAAACUAAAUGCACAGCGCAAAAAACAUCUGAACCGCGCAGCUACGGAUGGAAGACCAAGAAAUCUUGGUGCCAUGCCCGAGAAGGGAUCCGGCCGUCAACUGAAGCCGGCUGAAGGCGAAAGUUGGGGGCUACAGGACUGGAAAUUCUGACAUGACUUGUUUGAAGAUGAUCUAACGCUACGACAGAGCUGAACAUGCCUUGUAGAUAGAGCCCUGACAGCUUCCACAGGGUAGCUUGUGUACCAGGUGAC